CCAUUUCAAUUCAUCUUCACAUCUUCAAUUUAAAUUCCUUCUUCAAAUAAUAUUCUUAAAGCUUGUGCUAUAUUAUGGCGCUCUCUUCUUUCUCUCCUCUUUUUGUUUUUGUAAUAACUUUGCUUCUCAUGCAAAGGCUCUCACAGAGUGCCACGUGUAACGAUUGUUUCACCCGCUCUCGAGCUGCCCAUUACCCUAAUUCGGAGGAACAAGGAACAGACCAUGGAGCAUGUGGGUAUGGAUCUUUUGGAGCAACGAUCAACGGUGGAGAUGUUGCAACUGCCUCUGAUCUUUACAGAAAUGGCCUUGGUUGUGGAGCUUGUUACCAGAUAAGGUGCAUAGACAGUGAAUUGUGCUCAGAGAAAGGAACAAUGGUGGUGAUAACAGAUCAAGGCUCAGGUCCUGGCGAUUUCAUUAUGAGCCAAAGAGCCUAUGCUGGAUUGGCUCAAACCUCUUACGCUGCUGUUUCUUUGAUGGCACUUGGUGUCAUUGACAUUGAAUACAGACGAGUGGCUUGCAGCUACCCAAACAAAAACAUAACAAUAAAGAUUGAUGAGAAUAGCAAUGCUCCUCAUUACUUAGCCUUUGUCAUAAGGUUUCAACAAGGCAAAAAUGAUAUCACCGCAGUUCAACUUUGUGAGACGAAGAACUUUGUGUGCAAGCUAUUAGAUCGGAGCUAUGGUACGAUGUGGACAACAGCAUCGCCGCCGAGAGGACCGAUGUCGUUAAGAAUGUUGUUGACAAACGACGACGGAGACGAGCAGUGGAUUGCCCCCAUCAAUGAUAUUCCUCGUGACUGGAAGGCUGGAGAUAUCUACGACACUGGAGUUCAAGUUAAUUAAAUUCAUCAUUCUAUUUAUAUUCUAUAUAUAUUUUUCUUCUUCAUAGUUUUAUUUUUAAAUUUUCUUAUUAGUUAUCUUGAUUGGAAAUAAAUCUCCCAUUUGGGCAAUUGUGUUUUCUUCCUAGAUGAGAAUACUCAAAAGGCAAUUGUAUUUCUUUUUUUUUUUUUUUUUUCAUUUGUUUGAAAUUGAAAUAUUUGGCUAAGUUAUUAAAUCAUGUAUAAUCAUUCUAUUAUAUUGGUUGGGGGUCUGUAAUUUUUUUAAGCGUGUAAUAAAUUAAAUACUCGAGUUCUUUGAGUA